AUGGAUCAAACGUACAGGUCACUUGCAGACUGCAUCCUCAGCAAGUGGGAGGAAAAGAAAGCAAAAGCGGCUACCGCCAACGGCACAAAGAAUUCGACGCCUCGACUCAUAGUGGCAGUAGCAGGCCCUCCCGGCUCCGGAAAGACAACAAUAGCCAACAAGGUUGUUGACAUCAUUAAUUCCUUACCAUCAAAAAGCCCCAAAACUAUUGUGGUAUCUGCCGACGGAUUCCAUCUUCCACUUGCCGCUCUGCGAAAACUACCCAAUGCUUCGGAAGCCCUUGCUCGCCGGGGAGCGCCCUGGACUUUUGAUGGCCAUGCCGCAGUGAGCCUGGUUCGAAAGCUCAAAACAAGCACACGCACCCAGCCGGUUCUCGCGCCUACUUUUGACCAUGCAAUCAAAGAUCCGGUGUCAGAUGGAUUACUCAUAGAGGCAGAUGUGGAUGUAUGCAUCUUGGAAGGCAAUUAUCUUCUCUGUGAUGAGCAUCCGUGGGAUGAAAUCGCAGAUCUUGUUGACGACAAGUGCUGGGAUUGA